UGUUUACCUGAACGCGGAUAACAGGGGAGGAGGAGGGGGGGACCGGCUGACAAAUGGCCUAGAAAUAAACAGAAAUAACACCUGCGGCUCUCGAGACCCGAACCCGUUAACGGAACCGGAUCACGCUCCACCGUUACCUUUAAAAAAAAAAGAAAAAAAGAAAAGGCUCCGUGUCUGCAGGAAAACCAGCUCCAAAUGUCAACUUGUGCAGUGACAAACUUCAACAAUGGCUUGGAGGCCAGUUCAGACUCGGACGACGAGGACAAGCUACACAUUGUGGAGGAGGACAGCCUGCAGGAGCACGAGGUCGCCACCGCCGACGGGACGCCGCCGCAGGACAGCCAUGACGCCACCGCGACAGUAUUACCCCACAAUGGCUCCUUGAACGGAGUGAAAGAAGAGUGUGUGUCAGAAGAGGAAGAAGAGGAGGAGGAUGUGGUGAAGGAUACUCUAGUGGAGGAGAUUCUCCAGCAGGGAGACACAGCCAUCAUCUAUCCAGAGGCCCCGGAGGAUGAGCAGAGUCCGGCAGAGACAGGAGGCGCUGAUGAAAACGGCACACCAGAUUCCUUCUCCCAGUUGCACACUUGCCCCUACUGCUCCCGGGGCUACAAGCGCAACGCCUCGCUUAAGGAGCACAUCAAGUAUCGCCACGAGACCAGCGAGGACAACUACAGCUGCUCGCACUGCAGCUACACCUUUACCUACCGCUCGCAGCUGGAGAGGCACAUGGGCCACCACAGGGGCAGCAGGGACCAGCGUCACGUUUCCCAGUCGACAGGGGGAUCGGGAGGAACAGGUGGAACCCGCAAGUUCAAGUGUACUGAAUGUUCCAAGGCCUUCAAGUACAAGCAUCACCUGAAGGAGCACCUGCGCAUUCACAGCGGCGAGAAACCGUACGAAUGCUCAAACUGCAAGAAGCGAUUCUCCCACUCAGGCUCCUACAGCUCCCACAUUAGUAGCAAGAAAUGCGUGGGUGUAGCACCUCCCAAUGGCGUCGCUCGAACGUCAGUCAAAUCCGCCCCGCCCUCCGCCCCGAACACGCCGGUCGUGAUUGCUCCGGCCCGCGUGGUUCUCAAAGAGAAGACUGAAAGCAAACCCCUCCAGGAGCAGCUCCCCGUCACCCAGAUCAAAUCUGAACCUGUGGAAUACGAGUGCAAGCCGGUGAUGGCGGCGCCGGCGACUUCAGCUGGUACCAACGGAGUCGUGAACGGAGGGACGGCGCAGCCGGCUGUGGUUCCGGCCGCGACCCUGCCUCAGGGCGUGGCUAUGGUCGUGCCGACAGUCGGCCUGAUGUCGCCCAUCAGCAUAAACCUGAAUGACUUGCAGAAUGUGCUCAAGGUGGCGAUGGAUGGAAACGUGCUCAGGCAGGUGCUGGGUACAGCUAACGGGGUGGUGACUCAGGGGAAGCAGGGAAUUGUAGUCCAGCAGCCCCAGCAGCAGAUCAUCAGCCUGCCGGCCUUUGUGGAUCACGACGGCACCACAAAGAUCAUCAUCAACUACAGCAUCAGCCCUGCAGCCGCCACCACUGCCACUACCCAGCCUGCAUCGCUUGUUGCCAAAAACAAUCCGCCUCCCCCUCCCGCUGUCACUACUGCUGCAGCCCCCACCCCCUCCAGAACAGAUAAACCCUCGACCCCAGAGGUGGCCGACCUCUCCAUCAUAAAGGCAGAGCCAGAAUCUGUGCCGAUAACGGAGACGGAGGCAGCCACGCAGACGGAAACUGCGAAGACCCAAAGGUCAACAGCUCAGAUGCCAAAAGUCAACAGCUCCAGUACGUGUUUACUCUGCGACGACUGUCCCGACAACCUGGAGGCGUUACACCUCCUCCAGCACCGCAAAGCAGCCAAUGGGGAGGCAGUUGACUCUGCGGCUCUGGACCCAUCGUUCGCCGCUCUGCUCAGCGAGGCAGGGGUGACGCUGGAGGAGCCGCCCGUGGACGACCUCCUCUCGCUCCUCAAGACCUACUUCGCCUCCAAUGCCAACCCCAGCGAGGGGGAGCUGGCAAAGAUCUCAGAGUCUGUCAGUAUUCCCGUGGACGUGGUCAGAAAGUGGUUUGCCAAGAUGAACUCUGGGAAAAAUGCGGGCAAGUACCGCAAUAACGCUAAAGCGGUUUCCAAAAAGACUGAAACCACGAACUCGAGCUCCGAGGACGCCUCGAGUCAGAAUGAAGAGGCAGAGGACGACAGCACCCAAGACACAUCCAACAAAGCCUCAUCAGACUCUGGCAGCCCUUCCCCGUCAGACUCUUCACCACUAAGCCUCAACACCGGGGACCUCGUCAUCGUUAAAAGCGAGCCGGAGGACCCAGAGGACCCAGAGAACCCGGACUCCCAGGCAGAGCCGCUUGACCUCUCCCUCCCUAAACAUAUCGCAGCGGCGUUGGAAACGAAAACGGCCAAGCCUCCCGCCAAGCAGCAGGAACAGCCCCUGAACCUGACCUGCCUGAGGAAGGAGCAGCUGGACGGUCGAACCAUCUACGUCACCACGCCUCAGACCGGAAGACCUGUCAACAUCGUCACUGCCGCGCAGCUGCCCACGUUAGUGGCCAUCGCUAGUCAGGGCACGGUGGGCUGCCUCAGCGCCAUCAACACCACGACGAAGCGCACCAUCCUCAUCCCCCAGCUCACCUACACCUACGCCACUACGACCGGCAGCGCCACUGGAGCAAAGACUGUCGUGCUGAACGGCCAUAAGCAGGAGAAGAGGCAGCUGGACAGCAGCUCUGACGGCGUUUCCACAUUGGAGGAGCAGAACGACUCGGACUCUGCCGCACUGAUGAAGAAGCGGCGGCUGGAAAACGGCGUGUACCCCUGUGAUCUCUGCUCCAAAGUCUUCCAGAAGGGCAGCUCCCUGCUCAGGCAUAAAUACGAACACACAGGAAAGCGGCCGCACGAGUGCAGCAUCUGCAAGAAGGCCUUCAAACACAAGCACCACCUGAUCGAACACUCGAGGCUGCACUCCGGCGAGAAGCCCUACCAGUGUGACAAGUGCGGGAAGCGUUUCUCUCACUCGGGCUCGUACUCCCAGCACAUGAACCACCGCUACUCCUACUGCAAGAAGGACGGGUCAAACCUCGGCUCCGGCCCCGGGUUAGGGCCACACAGGGCUCAGUCUGAGCUCGGCAGCCCCGGCACUGGACCCCAGUCGGACAGUCGGACGACGACGCCGCCCUCCCAACUGGACUCAGACGAGAGGGAGAGCGAGGAGGAGGAGGACGACGACGAGGCGAUGUGUAUGGACGACAUCCGGGUCGUGCAGGUGGACGACGGCGAGUGCGAGAUCUACGAGGGGAACUUCGAUGACGACGACGAGGACGUGGGAGAGGAGAUAGUGGAGGAAGAGACUAUGGGAGAGGAAGAGGCGGCAGGAGAGAGGGAGGAGGAUGGGGAGGACGUGGAGGAUGGGGAGGACGGAGAGGACGCUUGUGACGUGGUGGAGAUCGAGCUGGGGGACGAUCACAUGCAGGACGAAGAGAUGGAGGAAGAAGCUGAGGAAACAGCUGAGGAAGCAGCUGAGGAAGCAGCUGAGGAAGCAGCUGGGGAAGCAGCUGAGGAAGCAGCUGGGGAAGCAGCUGAGGAAACAGCUGAGGAAACAGCUGGGGAAACAGCUGGGGAAACAGCUGAGGAAAAGGAGGAAGCGGCAGGUGAAACAGAGGAAAUGGCAGACUGUGAAGCAGAAACGGACAAAAGCAUCAGGGAGGGGUCAGAGGACGCCAAACCCACGGAGGAGGCGGUGACAAACGCCGAGUAAAAAAAAUUAAAAUAAAUCUCUCCGGGACAGUUCCGACGAGAAAAGUCGAGUCAAUUAAGACAAAACCGCAGAAAAGUCGAGGAAGUCGCGGCGGUUGCCUGAUCUUAACGGUCCACUACUGUGUACAAAAACCCAGGUGUGCCUGAACUUGAAAAAAGAAAAAACAAACAAAAACAAAAAAAACAAGUGACUUUUUUUUUUCUUUUCUUGUGGAAAUGAAUUAUCAGUGUUAAAAAUUGUUUAUAGAAGUACAGAUUUUAAAAACAGAACUCACCCACCGACUUGUUAGACUUGUUACUGAGACAUCCCAGGUUGUUUUAUGGUUUGUUUUCAUUUUGGUCAGUGUUACUAAUCUUGUUCUUGUUUGAAGAAAAAAAAAACAAAAAAACAUUUUAACCUGUAAAGAUGAGAAAGAUUUCUAUACCUUUUUAUUGCCAAUGAAGUUUCCUAAAAUCAGUAUUUUAUUGAGUUCUACGAACAAAAACCUCUGCACUACAGUAUUCCUGGUUUACCUACGGAUACAUGCCUCAUGCAUCGUAUGCCCUUCAGUGUUAUAUACGUACACUAGCUAGCAGGAUGUUGUGCGUAUUAGUGUUAGUCUUUGCUAGCUAGUAUUAAUUUGUGUUUGAGUUUGACUGUUAGCCUUAAAGGAAAACAAAGUAUUCUUCUUGGGGAGGGGUCGCGGGCGGGAUGGGGAGUCCGGAGGGGGGAUGAUGAUGGCUUCUGAACGCCAUAACCAAAUUUGUCCUAUCAGGGAAGGUAGAGUCAGAACCUCAAAGCCAGCAUCGGGCGCCUGUGUUUCAGAAAAACAAACCCCGGCGUAGCCGAGCACAGGUGGAUGCACCUGUCCGCCUGACCUCGGCUCGGCCGCGGUUCCUAAAAGAAAAGAAACACAGGCGCCCAUUCUUACCAAGCUUCUCCUUAUUUUAUUUUAUUUUCAGUUCUGAGUCAGUGUUUCAGUGUUAUUAGCUCGUAUAUGAAGUCAUACUGUACGUGAAGGAGCGGGGGCCUGUUUCCUGCUCCACCCCAAUGCCUCCAGCCUUAUGCAAGACCUGUGUGCUGUUAAAAGUGCCAUUGAACAGUGUUAUUAUUUCUUCUUCUUCUUCACACAUGUAGCCAGUAUUAUGUCCCUCUGUCACUUUACACGAGACCCCUAUUGACUAAUGUUUGUGGACUUGCACAGAACAGCUGAACAGAGACACUUCCUGCCUUCGAAAGUAUUUGUACCACAUGAACAGUAUUGGGGCUUUAUCUAAAGCUGAAUCUUAUUAAUUGAUCAAUUUAGUCUAUAUAAAAAGCCAAGAUGCCUUUUUUUUGUCGAAGCGGCACACAUAGGAAGAGCUGGAAACUGAUUCUCUUUUGGGCAUUUUUGCCAGCUCUGCAUAAAUGAUCUUAAACGUUUGGAAAAUCAUUGAUGAGUCCAAACUGAGCUUACCUGUGGAGAUAAAAUGCCUUGUUAAACUUGAGAUUUAGUAAAAAUCUAAUCUCUCAAAGUAUUAAAAAUGUUUACACGAGUAAAUAAAAAAAAUUAAAAUGUAUUACACGAGUGCUUAAAACGCAGAAAAUGUUUUUAAAAACACUCGUGACUCCGACCUGUCGCUCAGGAAGAGUCCAAGAAUUUGAAGUAAAAACAGGAAACGGAAAGAUUUCACAAUAAAAUGAGAAAUUGUGCACUUGUUUUCAGAUAGUUAACAAAAAAGAUUGUGGCGAGCUGUCCCGCACUUCAGGUAACAGACGUUAGUGAAUGUGGUCUCUGUCGAAGUGUUUUCAGUUGGUUUUACCGAACAGUGUUUAUAAUAUUAGCCUGUUUUAAUUUUUUUGUUUUUAUGUGUGUCCUCUAUAUGUUUUGUUUUUUUUCAACAAUGGCAGUAUUAGAACCCUUUUCACAGAUUAAAAACAAAAUGUACCUGUUUAGUUUUUAGAAGACGUUUUUUAUAUUUAUGUGUCUUAUUUUUAUAUUUUCUUUUAUGGUUAUUUAUUACACAUUGUAGUGUACAUUACUGUAGUUUGAAUUGAUACAAUAAUAUAUUUUAGUAUGAAAAAUAAUCUCAAGACAAACUUAAAAAAAAACAAAAAAAAAAAAAAAAAAAAGCCCAAAAUGUGGUCCUGGGAGCUGAAGUUUGUUUUAACAAAAAAAAACAUAAAAACAUGUAUUCUGUAAACAUGACUUCUGUUUUAAGCUGAAAAAAAAAGACAAAAAAAAAA